AGUAACAUGUCCAGGAGAUUUUCAUUGGAAUGCAUUGUGUUGAUUUAAAAAUCCAUCCUCUUGGAUGUACCAGCAUCUGAACUGGGAGGAGCACAUGUGUGUUUUCCCUGCAGGUGCUUCAGGGGAACCUCUGUCUCUGAAGGAUAAUGUCUCCAUUGGCACCCCCAGAGGAAAUAAUUUCAAACUGUUCAGAGAGCAGCAAUCCUGUUCUGGUCCUUGAAAUCCUUCGAGCAACACACACCCACACACCAGCAUUAUUUUCUCACCUCCUCCGUAUAAAAACAAAACAGAAACGUGAGAACAGUGGGCUGGAGAUGGAGCUGCGGAAAGUGAAGUUGGAAGGAUUAAUUAUGUAAUACGCCCCCUCUCCCGCCCUUACCCACAGCAACACGAGUGAGGUAAACCCAAUCCUCCCAGCUGACAACUCAGAACUAAAAAGUGCCCGGAGGAGUGAAGGCAAAAUAAACGUGUGGGGAAGGUGGCGAUGCACUCCUACGGAGGAAGAUGUCAUUAGGAAAAGGCUAAAAACGAGUUCAAAUCACCUUUAGCCUCUUCCCUUCCCUCCCCAGCGAGACCUCUCCCUCCGCCUCUUCCCCUCUCCUCCCCCCAGCUCCUCCUCCCCCCUUUUCAGCAGGAGCUGCAGCCGGAUCGGGACUAUAUUCCUACAGUUCACGGCUCUCUGACGGAGCGUGGAUCCUCCUGAAAAACUUCAAGUAAAACAGGAGCUGGGAGCACACACACGAGAAGAUAUAUUAAGAAAGCAGGUUUGCUACUUAACUCGGAGGAAAGAAGCUGGAGCAGACUUCUUCGGUUGCUCUCUAAGAGCCUUGCCGAGAGUCCUUGCAAAGAAAAGUGUUGCUGAUUCAAAAGAAGAGGAGGGAUGGGGAAGAGAAAAAAAAUUGUGCAUGUCUGUGUGAGAGGGAGACAACGUGUGUGCGCUGUUUGGAGAUCUUUGAAAACACAAACCAAAACACCAGCCCCGAAGCCCCAACCCCUUGGCUAGCUCUUAUGGGAAUGAAACACUCCUCCCGCUGCCUGCUCCUAAGGAGGAAAAUGGCGGAGAACGCUGCCGACAGCACCGAGGUUUGCACCAUUCCAUCCCAGCCUCCUCAGCCUACUGUUGUUCCAAAGCCAGUUCAGUCUGUCAUCCAUGUUCCAUUGCAACCCAGCUGCCCGGGCCGAGGCAAGAUGGCAAAGCUCAUCAAUCCAGAAGAGAUGACAUCCAGGGAUUAUUACUUUGAUUCCUAUGCUCACUUUGGAAUUCAUGAGGAAAUGUUGAAAGAUGAAGUGCGCACAUUAACCUAUAGAAACUCAAUGUAUCACAAUAAACAUGUUUUUAAAGAUAAGAUUGUCCUCGAUGUUGGAAGUGGCACGGGAAUCCUCUCCAUGUUUGCUGCAAAGGCAGGAGCCAAGAAGGUAUACGGGAUUGAAUGCUCAAGUAUAUCUGACUACUCAGAAAAAAUUAUCAAGGCCAACCACUUGGACAACAUAAUCACAAUAUUUAAAGGUAAAGUGGAAGAAGUUGAAUUACCUGUGGAUCAAGUAGACAUCAUCAUCAGCGAGUGGAUGGGUUACUGUCUGUUCUAUGAGUCAAUGUUAAACACAGUCAUCUUCGCACGAGACAAGUGGCUGAAACCUGGAGGGCUAAUGUUUCCAGACCGAGCUGCUUUGUACGUGGUAGCAAUUGAAGACAGACAGUACAAGGACUUCAAAAUUCACUGGUGGGAGAAUGUGUACGGCUUUGACAUGACCUGUAUUAGAGAUGUUGCCAUGAAGGAGCCCUUGGUGGACAUAGUAGAUCCAAAGCAAGUGGUGACCAACGCCUGCUUAAUAAAGGAAGUAGAUAUUUAUACAGUGAAGACGGAAGAAUUGGAAUUUACUUCUGCAUUCUGCCUCCAAAUUCAGCGCAAUGAUUACAUUCAUGCCUUGGUCACCUAUUUUAAUAUUGAAUUUACAAAGUGCCACAAGAAGAUGGGGUUUUCUACAGCACCUGAUGCUCCUUAUACUCACUGGAAGCAAACUGUCUUCUACUUGGAGGACUAUUUAACUGUGAGACGAGGAGAAGAAAUCUAUGGGACAAUAUCCAUGAAACCAAAUGAAAAAAAUGUGCGUGACCUGGAUUUCACAGUAGACUUGGAUUUUAAAGGACAGCUAUGUGAAAUGUCAGUAUCUAAUGACUACAAAAUGCGUUAGCAAGAAACCUCUCAGAGAGAUGAAAAGGAGAAUUUUAUCAAGUCUUGAACUGCUGAGCUUCAAGCUAGGAACAACUGUUCACAAGAUUAUUAUAUUAAAUACUAGAAUGUUUACUCUGAUAGAGGGUGGUAACCUGAUCUUUCUUGCAGAUAGUACAGGGGGCUGGGAUCCCACUGUGAAUGUACAGUAUACAGAACUGUAGCUUUUGUUAAACAUAGAAAAAAAUAAGCAACAGUCUUGAGUGUUCUGGUUAACUUUAGGAUGGCAGAAGAUGCAUAUACAAAUUGUAUUACUUACUGUGAAUUUCUGGUUCUUCCAAGCUUUGCAUGUUACAGAUGAUUAGGGCAGUUUUCUCACUAUGAAAGACUACUACAGCACAUUACUGUGAUAGUAUUACUGGACUUACAUUCAAUAUAAAUGAAUAUAUAUAUUGUACAUGAGAAAAAAAACCAGUCAUUUCAUAAUAGGAAUUUGUUUUGUGAUUAUUUAAUUCUCAUUACGCAGUUAUGGAAAGAUAAUGAUGUUACUUCUGGCUCUACUCUAGGCAGUGAUAUAUUCCAUUAACUGUCCAAUGUUAUAGCUUUGGUAAAUAUUCCAUGCAAAGUGUAGAUAAGAGCUGGGCAUUUACAGGAAGUUCAACAAGUAUAUUUUUGAAUGUCCUCUGAAAAUGUGGACCAUUAGUUUUGAAAUUCACCUUCCCAACUGGAUGUCUGUCAGAGCUUUAAAAACAUUAGCUUUUUAUCCUUGAAAAUAUUCUGUGGUGAGUUUUUAUAGCUGGAUUUUGCAUGAGACUUUCAGAAAUCAGACACCUAGCAUUUAAAUGUGAUGAAUGCAAAGUCUCUGAAAUGGUGGAUAAUUCAUGCUUCUUGGCCAUGCCAUAUUUCAGUUCUUUGCAAAAUUCUUAAUACAAAAUAAUUUUUAAAAAAUAGGAAUUAGUGUUACCUUUUGGUGAUGUUUUAGAUAAGUUUGAAAUUGCAAAUACUAUUCUCAAGAGUGCAGUAAUUUGCAGGAGCAAGUUAAUGUCUUUAAAAAAAAUGUCAAUGGCUUCUGAUAUUACUAAGAUGUCUGUAGCUUUCCCGUCCCCUUGAGUCCCUUGUUUUUCGUACAAAAUCUCCUGCUUAUUGUUAAAAUAUUAAGUGCUUAUAAUUCCUCAUAUGUAUGUAUCAGGUCUUUUUACUAUAUGAAUGUGGGCCAUUUAAUCACAUGUAAUUCAUCAACAACUGCAUCACCAGUCCUAUCAACACAUUUUCCAGUUCGUCUGGCAUUAGGCACUAAAUCAUGUUCUAUCUUGUACUGGGUAAGAUUGACUAGUUUUUUGCCUAAAAAUAUUUUUAAUCACCUGCAAAUAAAGCAUACUUGAAGAUGUAUUUUGCCAGUAUUUGUCAACUUCUCGCUUUUUAGAAACCUGUUUCUAUUGAUUUUCCCUCCACAGAAACUGUACAGUGCCUCCAUUUUCUUAUGGUUUAAAGAAUAUGAUCUGGGGAUUUUAUUGAAUGGUGUCUAUGUAGAGUGAAAUUAAACUGUAAUUCAGCAGUAAAA